AUGGAUUGUUCAGAAGGAAGUCUACAGAAACUGGUCAGCGAAUAUCAAGAACUAAACGGCUCGGCCAUCGACGAAAUCACCGACAGACUGCCGACCGCACUGGAACUGUCGCGAUCGAUCGCCAGUAAUAGGCCGCUGGUAAUUCGGUCGUAUGCUGCACUGCAAAGAGUAUCUGAUUCCGCGAGGGAUGACCAGCAUCAUCAUCUCAAAGAUCUACCGGAAUGGACCGAUUUAAAGCUGGUCGAGAAGCUAGGCGACCAACCCAUUACAGUGGCAAGAACACCAUCUGGUAAUGCAGAUUCAAUCGUCGAUGGAAAAUAUUUUGUUGAACCAGCAUAUGAGAAAGUCACGAUGUCUGAUUUCCUAGCUGAACUACGCGCCUCGGAGACUAGCCUGCACCGCGAUCCACCCUUAAACACCUCAAAUCCUGCCCGGUCUUCAGGGUCGACAAGGGAUGUCGUUUAUCUGCAAUCGCAAGAUGGGAACUUGGCAAAGGAGCUUCUUCCACUUCUUCCCAAUGUCGGUGAUCACGUACCCGUAGCCAGCCAGGCGCUAGGCACAGAUCAACCUGACGCUGUGAAUCUUUGGAUUGGCGAUGACAGAAGUAUUACCUCACUUCACAGCGAUCCGUAUGAGAAUUUCUACCUACUGAUUGAAGGAUCGAAGACUUUCACACUCUUCCCGCCGGUGGAGUACUAUUGUAUGCAUGAAGGAAAGUACCGAUCAAGCAAAUAUCACUGGGACGAAUCGGAGCAGAGGUGGACCAUCAUACCCAAAAGUGCUGAGAAGGAGCAUAUGGUUCCGUGGAUUCCGAUUGAUCCUCUCAAGCCAGAUUAUAUGAAGUACCCGAGAUUCAGAUUCGCCAGAUCGAUGAGUGUAACACUUCACCAGGGCGACUUGCUCUAUCUUCCUUCGCUCUGGUAUCACCAUGUUCAAGCCCAUAGGACUACUCCUAGUGGCUUGAUCAUCGCGUGUAAUUGGUGGUACGAUAUGAAUUAUGAAGGUGCCCAUUACGCUUUAUUUUCGUACCUCAGGAGACAGGUAUUGGCAUUAAAUCAAGCUGACCAAUCGCAACCUAGGCCUGAGGAAGAUCCAUCUGAUGAUGACUCUAUUGUUGACUUCAAUCACUGUGGAAAUUAG